AUGUGGACCACUAGCGAACAGACCGACUUCUUGUACACCAAGCUUCCUGACUACUUCUGCUACCAACGCGAUGGUCGCCUGAUCCACUUCUGGCCCAAGCUUGUCCGUGAAUGGAAGGAGCGCUUCGGCGAUGAGACUGACAAGUCGGAUGGACCUGGCGUACAAGACCCUGUAAUCGUCGCGGACGAGCCUGACCCCGCUCCGCAGGCGGCGGCGACAGGUCCGACUUCUCCAUCGGCUACGGCGACUAGCUCUCCCGCUCCAGUCAAGGCCACGACUGAGGCCUCCUCGACGGCGGCCAUGGUCAACACCGCUAUCACGCCUGAGGUCGGCGUCAACACUGAGGCGGCGACUGAGGCCUCCGGCGCGGUCAACACCGAGGCGACCACACAGGCGACCGAGGCCGGCGCUACCGCUAUCUCUGGCACAACUGCCAGGGUUCGUCGUGGCCCACCUCCUCUUAUUGACCGUCUUAAACAGUGGUUCAGCAACCGUCGUGGGGCACGCUCCGAGGUUCCGGCUCGCAAGCGGACAUCCCUCCCGCUCAACGGCAAGGCCAUGCGCAAGCCUCUCGUAUACCAGAUCUAUCAACGCCUGUACCUCGAUAAGCUCAAGCCGAUUGUCAACGAACGCUAUGCCAAGUACCUUGCUACGAUGCCAGUUGGCCAGCGCCCACAGCCACUCGUCGCGUUCCGCAACGCGCUGAGCAAGGAGCUACUCGAGGCCGAAGAUCAAGUCGUACGUGACCACGUCUACUCCGAGUGGACGAACGUGAAGGGCCGGGCUACGAACACGUCGUCGGUGAAGGCGGAGAUGAAAGAUGAGGAACUUACUGACGACAACAAACACCAGAUGCAGCUUGCCUACUUCGAAAACAACAUUGGCAAUCUUAAGGCGACACUCCAGACCGUCUUGCGCGACAUAUAUCUGCAGACUGGUUGGGUCCUGCACAUUCAGGGCGGCGGGCGUCGUCCUGGGCGUGGCGGUAUCAUCCAGUGCAUCUCCGCGCACACUCGGCUGCCCGACGGGCGCAACUUUGCCAAUUACUACGUCGACUACAUGGACGAGGUACAAAAGCCUUUCGGCGACUGGAUCGUGUCACUUUUCCCUCCGAAAGACCAGGCUCACUUCAACCUCGAGAAUCCGACUGCUCUCUACGACGCGACGGGCGAUGCCUCUACUAUCCUUAAGGAGAGCGCACAGGGCAACGUUCUCAACGGUGUCGAGCAUCUCGAGUCCAUCGCCGUCGACGCCUUCCCCAUUCGCACCGAGCAGGACGCUGACACGACUGCGACGAAAAAGCCGAAGCCCCGUCCGGUCAAGCGCAAAGCCUCCGGUAACAAGCCCGCUUCUCCCACGGCGCCGGCCGCAGGUUCGAGCUCCACGGCAAAGGCGACAAAGGGUAAAGCGCGUAGCGACGAUCUCAUCGCUCGCCCGGACUCCGACUCCGACAACGACGAGGAGUCCGCUUGGGCCCACGUCGACUUCGACAACCUCGACAAGGAGCCGGAGCCGGUCAUCGAACAGCCUGUUGCCAGCCAGCCAGCCGCGCCGCCCACUGGCACCGCCUACGAGCAAGCGGCUUGCGCGCGUGUUCUGCAGAACCGUAACCUCCUUCUCCAGGUGACUGCGCGCGCACGCGAGGAGCUCGGCCUCGCCAUGCCGACGCCCGAUGCGCCUUUGACCCAACCACCCGCCUUCGAGAUUGAACCUUCGGAUCGCUCUACGCGAUCAGCGAGCCGUACACUAUCUGCGGCGAGCUCUCGAGCGCCGUCGUCAACACGCACAGAGAAGUAUGUACCAGUUUUUCUACAUGCGCUGCCGGAGAUUGAUUGCCUACAAAGCGAGACAGACGGCGACUUCGACAUGUUCGACGACGACAAAGACACCAUCGCCACGUACAAGUCUCUCGCCGACAUGGUCGACGCCAAGCAAUACCCGCUCUGGGAGAGCAUCAUUGACAAGGCCAAGACACUUGAACGUAUUCUGGGAUAUCCGGUGUCAACGGAUGCGAAGCAUCGCUUCAGCGUCAAAGGCCGCCCAUACGAGGUCGGCGCCUGGAUCAAACGCCACCGCAGGCUCGCGCUCGCGCCCGCCAUCGACGACAUCCCCCUCUUCUUCUCGCAGAUGGCUGACUGGUACAUCGACGCGCAACCUGCUGGGCGAGGGACUGAGUUUCCGCUGCAGCGCGACGAGCUCAGCGCAGACGAUUGGACUUGCCUUAUCCGAGGCGGCGCUAAUGGUUGGCAGAUCUAUCUGAUCGCCCUGACGUGGUGGUACGACUUGCUCGACGAGGAACGCGACGCCUGCGACUUCGAGCAGCUCCUCAGCGACGUGGACUGGGUACUUUCGCGCGUACUUGACUCCGCUCGCAGUCGCGCGGGCUCCAAGCGCGUGGGGUCCGAGAACACGCCCUACGCAAAGCGGGCAAGGGUGUGA